AGGGAAGUUGGCCCGGCGGCUGCUGGGCUCGGCUGCUGGGCGGAGGUGGGGGGUAGUUUGGCGCCCGGCGGAGGCCGCAGCGGGGUCCAGGAAGAUGUUACCAAGUAUGUCAAUGAAUUCCCCAGUGCAGGGGAACGGAGCCCUGAAUUCCAGGGAUGCAGCAAGACACACGGCUGGAGCAAAGCGCUACAAAUACCUGAGAAGGCUUUUUCGCUUUCGGCAGAUGGACUUUGAGUUUGCUGCCUGGCAGAUGCUCUACCUGUUUACGUCCCCACAGAGGGUUUAUAGAAACUUUCAUUAUCGAAAGCAGACAAAGGAUCAGUGGGCCAGAGAUGACCCUGCUUUCUUGGUCCUGUUAAGUAUCUGGCUCUGUGUAUCCACUAUAGGAUUUGGCUUUGUGCUGGACAUGGGAUUCUUUGAGACGAUAAAGCUUCUCCUUUGGGUUGUAUUCAUAGAUUGUAUAGGCGUUGGUCUUCUCAUAUCAACUUUAAUGUGGUUUAUUUCUAACAAAUAUUUAGUGAAACGGCAAAGCAGAGACUAUGAUGUGGAGUGGGGCUAUGCCUUUGAUGUGCAUCUGAAUGCUUUUUAUCCUCUCCUAGUCAUUCUGCAUUUUAUCCAGCUUUUUUUCAUUAACCAUGUUAUCCUAACAGACACAUUUAUUGGAUAUUUAGUUGGAAAUACCUUAUGGUUGGUUGCAGUUGGCUAUUAUAUCUAUGUAACCUUCCUAGGAUACAGUGCAUUGCCAUUUUUGAAAAAUACAGUAAUUCUUCUCUAUCCAUUUGCACCUCUCAUUCUACUCUAUGGACUGUCACUAGCACUAGGAUGGAACUUUACCCACAUGCUAUGCUCCUUCUACAAGUACAGAGUGAAAUGAAGAGAAAAAGUGAGACUAGAACAUCUUAACUAUGUCUGCAGUAUUGGUGAGGUGAUGACUUCUUCUGAAACUUGUAAAUAAACUAUCAUUGUAGAUAUCUUAAAGGUGUAAAGUUUGCAACUUGGAAGAAAUAUGUUAACACUAUGGUUGAGUACAUUCCUUAAAACUAAUUAAAUGUACAUUUCUAUAAUAAAUAUUUUUUAAACUAA